AUGUCUCUGUCAGCUGCAGCAAACGGUAUUUCGGAUAACGAUUUCCAAAAUAUAGGACCGGCACCGCGACCCCCCGGUGCGGCUUUCAAUAAAACAAAGCCAAUCACGAAGUAUGCUAACCAGCUGGAUCUGAGGGAUAGAACGCCUGGCGCGCGCGCAGGAGCAGCUGGACACAAGAAGAGCGGAUGGGUGUCCUACAAGGACGAUGGUUUGUUAUCCUUUUUGUGGCAAAAGCGGUUCAUGGUGCUGAGCGACUCGUAUCUGACUUUAUAUAAGAACGAACCAACGCGAAACAACGAAGACCCCGUGUUACAGAUGCCAUUGACUACUGUAGUCAGUGUGAGCCGCACACAACUGAAGCAGAAUUGUUUCGAGGUGGUGCGCAGCAGCGACCGAAACUCUUCAGCCUCGUCGUCUUCCACUGGGAGUAACGGCAGCAACUCCGAUACCAGCAGGAGAUCCAUAUACAUCUCGACCAAAACUGAGAUUGAGCUGCAUACGUGGCUAGAUGCCAUCUUUGCUAAAUGUCCACUUCUCAGUGGGGUUUCAUCACCCACUAAUUUUACACACAAAGUUCAUGUCGGAUUUGAUCCCGAGACAGGCAGCUUUGUUGGCAUGCCCUCAAAUUGGGAGAAGCUUUUAAAACACUCUAGAAUCACCGGUGAAGACUGGAACAACAAUUCUGCUGCAGUCAUUCAGGUCCUACAAUUUUACCAGGAGUACAAUGGCGUAGGGCCAGCGCCAAACAACUCUUCCACCUCAAGUUUACCUCGUCUCAAUACCGCGCAGCAUACUUCAGGUUCCAUGGCGAAACCUUCUUCAGAUUUGGUUCCACAAAGAAACCCGCCUACGCCGCCUUCUUCCCAAGGACGUCCAAAACUGCAGGUUUCGACAGCACAGCAGCAAAAUCAGAGCUAUCAGCAAUAUCAGAACCAAUCACAACCGUUUUCAGCCAAGCACCCCUCGCCUCUCCAAAGCGCACCAUCUCAUCCUCAAGCUACCACUCCAUCUCCAAGACAAAUGUAUCCACAUGCACAGCAUCAGCACAUUCAGCAGCAACAACAACAACGUGGACCUUACUCACCAAGUGCUGCGAACAAGUAUCAACACAAUAUGCAGAAUCCUUAUCUCUCUAAUACGCCUCCAUCAUCAAAAGGCCUAGUGGCUCAGAGGCAAGCUCCUCCAAGGCCUCCAAUAGGAAAGCCAAAUGCAAGCAAUGCAUCCACUCCACCACCAAGGUUACAUCCUCAGAGACCGUCUCCUCAAGCAAAGCCAACACAAGAAAAUGGUGCUAGCACUGCUGCUGCUGCGGCUAUGAGGCAACAUCAACAACAAGAUCACUCCCCAGGAUAUUUGCAACCUAAUCGACAGGCACCCAAGAAGCCUGAUGCAAUGCCGAAGAAAGAUGUUGGUGUUACGAAGCAAAAGAGGCAUCAAAAGCCAACUAUGUCUAAUGCAGAAAUAAUGUCAAAGCUGAAAAGCGUGACUAUUAAUACCGAUCCAACACCGUAUUUCCAGAUGAUAGAAAAGGCUGGUCAAGGUGCAAGCGGAUCUGUUUAUCUGGCUGAACGGACAAAACUUCUACCCUACACAGAAAGUCAUAGAAUUGAGGAAAUUGGGGAGCAGCAUGUGGGUGAUAAGGUUGCCAUUAAGCACAUGAUCUUAUCAAAGCAACCACGUAAGGAGCUUAUUGUUAAUGAAAUCCUCGUAAUGAAAGAUUCUCAGCAUAAAAAUAUUGUUAAUUUUCUUGAAGCCUAUUUGAAAACGGAGGACGAUCUUUGGGUGGUUAUGGAGUAUAUGGAGGGUGGCUCGCUGACCGACAUAAUUGAAAACAGUCCUACCAAUGGAAGUAAUCACUCUCCAUUAACAGAACCCCAAAUUGCAUACAUUGUACGUGAGACGUGCCAAGGCUUGAAUUUUCUGCAUGAUAAACAUAUUAUUCAUAGGGAUAUUAAAUCCGAUAAUGUUUUAUUGGACACUAGGGGUAGAGUUAAAAUUACAGAUUUCGGUUUUUGUGCUAAGCUUACGGACAAGAGAAGUAAAAGAGCUACUAUGGUGGGAACUCCUUACUGGAUGGCACCAGAGGUAGUUAAGCAACGUGAAUAUGAUGAAAAAGUUGACGUUUGGUCGCUUGGCAUCAUGACGAUUGAAAUGUUGGAAGGUGAGCCACCGUAUCUUAAUGAGGAUCCUUUGAAGGCUCUAUACCUAAUAGCAACAAAUGGUACGCCUAAAUUGAAGCAUCCUGAAUCUUUGUCGCUACAAAUAAAAAGGUUUUUAAGUGUCUGCCUUUGCGUGGAUGUGAGAUAUAGAGCCUCAACUGAGGAGUUGCUACAUCACACCUUUUUCGAAAUGAGCUGUGAUCCGGUUGACUUGACGUCUCUUCUACAAUGGAAAAAAUAA